GGCGUGGGUUCGUUUCGGCGCACUCUCAACUUUGACCCUUGGUGUGGCGUCGCGCCGAGGUUACCAAGAUGCCGUCCGACACACCGCUGCACAAAGCCGCGCACAACGGCGAUAAGGGUGCGGUGUUGCAGAUUCUGGAAGACCCGAGUAUGGAUGUGAACGCACCUGGCGCAGCCGACCGCCGUCCGUUGCAUCGAGCGGCUGGGGGAAACCACGCCGAACUGUGCUCAAUUCUCAUUGAGAGGGGGGCUGAAGUGAACUGCCCGGACAAGAGUGGCCGAACACCGUUGCACUGGGCAUGUAUAAGUGGUCAUAAGGAAGCAGCGAUCGUGCUGCUGGACAAAGGCGCAGAAGUCAACGCUGUGACAACGAGCGGCAUGACAAGCCUCAUGGGUGCGGCGGAAGCAGGCAAGUCGGACGUGGUCCGGCUCUUGAUGGAACGGAAGGCAGACUCGACUCUAAAGGACAAAGACGGCAAGCUCGCGUUCGACUUGGCGAUGGCCGGUAAGCACAACGCGGUGGUGAAGGCUAUGAAAGAGCUGGGAGACCCUGCAGCCCAGAGUGCAUCGUGUGCGAUUCAAUGAGGUCUCCAUCAAACCAGUACUAAUCCAAUCAAUCUUUAUUCUACC